AUGAAGACCUAUCAAAUAAUUUUCUUGCUUUUAUCCACUAUAUCCCUAAGUGUUUCAUCUUUCUAGUAUGAUGUAGAAGUGGCUGAGAAAUUAAGUGCUUAUUCUUUAGCUUCGUAUUGCUCCCAUUCUAAUCUAAAAAACUGGUCUUGUGGUAAAACUUGUGAGAGAGUUGAGCCAUUAAAAGAUGUCAAAACAUUUGAAAAUGAAAAAGAGAUCUUUUACAUGAUUGGUUACAGCCAAAAGGAUGAUGCGAUUGUUAUUGCUACUAGAGGAACUAUUCCUUGGAGUAUCAAAAACUGGUUAACAGAUCUUUCAGCUUCAAAAAUAGACUACUAAAAUUGCAAAAAGUGCUAAGUUCACCUAGGUUUUUAUUAAGCCUUUUAAUCUAUUGUUGAUUCUCUUAAGAUUGAAUUUAUCAAAAUGAGAAAAUAAUACCAAAAUAGUAAAAUAUAUAUUACAGGUCAUAGCUUGGGAGGCGCUCUUGCUACUUUAUUGAUUCCUGAAAUUUACAAACUGAAUAAUAACAUGCCUAUUGAUGUCUUUAUCACCUAAGGUAGUCCUCGCGUAGGUAAUUAAUAAUUUAGUAGUUGGUUUGAAUAAAACAAUAAUUUCUCAAAAAUCAGUGCAAGAAUUACUUUAAAUAAAGAUCCUGUAGUUUAACUUCCAGCUUAUUCUUUUCCUUUUUCUUUUAAGCAUAUUGGAAAUGAAGUAUUCUAUAAAGAUGUUAGCAAUAAAUUUGAAUUUAUUUAAUGCUUGAAACCUGAAGAUUAAAGCUGCUCCUUUGGUGUAUAUUUCGCUACAAAUAUUGCUGACCAUUAAUCUUACUUUGGGUUUGGUUGGGGUACAGAAUUGCUCUUUUGUCGCUGA